UCUCGCAUGACUGUAACCCGACUACCAGUAACACGGACACGGGUACGGUUAGAGUGCGCGGAAUAGUAUAAGCAAUUCGUGUAUGUAGAAUUGAAAACAGUUUUCAAUUUCAAUAACGGUCUUUGUAUAUACCGGUGCCUAAGAGAUCUAUAAGAAAAAUAAUUCAGCAGCAAUGUCGAGUACACGAAGAUAGAACUGAAGCGUUUGCUUUUUCACUGUCCUUGGGACAAUGCCAUCCAAUAAGUCAGUAUCAGACGCCCCAAUCACACAGUUUCUAAACUGCAGGAUCCUGAAGGAGCAGGACCUGCGGAGAGAGGAUCUUUGGGUGCGGGAAGGUACAAUUCUGAACCCAGAGAAGCUGUUUUUUGAUGAGAAAGGGUAUGCAGACAUUCAGAUCGAUUGUCAGGGCAGUAUAAUCGCUCCCGGAUUUAUCGAUGUGCAGAUAAACGGAGGCUAUGGCAUAGACUUCUCCUCAGCAACAGAUGAUGUCAAACGUGGGGUCUCAUUGGUUGCUAAGAAAAUACUGGCUCAUGGUGUCACCUCUUUCUGCCCAACUUUGGUGAGCUCUCCACCUCACAUCUACCACAAGGUACUGCCUGAGAUCAGUAUCCAGAAUGGAGGGGCUGAAGGAGCAGGGAUACUGGGGGUUCAUCUGGAAGGCCCUUUCAUCAGUCAGGAGAAGAAGGGCGCCCACCCAGAGCAGUGCCUGCGCUCCUUCCAGGCUUCGGGCUUCCAGGACCUGCUGGACACCUAUGGGUCGCUGGACAAUGUGGCCCUCGUGACGCUGGCCCCUGAGCUGCCCCGCAGUAAGGAGGUGAUCCGAGAGCUGGCACGCAGGGGAGUCACUGUGUCACUCGGGCAUUCUGUGUCUGACCUGUCCCAGGCUGAGGAAGCUGUUCAGCAGGGAGCCACCUUCAUCACACACCUCUUCAAUGCCAUGCUGCCUUUUCACCACAGGGACCCCGGCAUUGUGGGGCUGCUGACCAGUGACCAGCUGCCCCCCGGACGCUUUGUGUACUACGGCAUGAUCGCAGACGGCAUCCACACCAAUCCUGCAGCCCUUCGCAUAGCCCACCGCACCCAUCCCACAGGUCUGGUUCUGGUGACAGAUGCCAUCCCCGCGAUGGGGCUUCCCCCAGGCAGGCACACUCUGGGGCAGCAGGUCAUCGAGAUCCAGGGGCUCAAUGCCUACGUAGCAGGCACCAAGACUCUGUGCGGGAGCAUCGCUACCAUCGAUAUGUGUGUGUGCCACUUCCUACAGGCUUCAGGCUGUACCGUGGAGGCGGCUCUGGAAGCAGCUUCUCUCCACCCGGCUCAGCUGCUGGGGGUCAGUGACAGGAAGGGGACGCUGCACUAUGGCUCAGACGCGGAUUUUGUUUUCCUUGAUGAUUCUUUGAAUGUGAGAGCUACAUUCAUCGCUGGGGAGCAGGUGUGGAAGAAAUGACCUCUUAUUCUGCAGAGCACAGUGGCAUAACUCUGGAAAGCCUAAUACAAACACACACCUAAAGAAACUGUUUUAAGGUGUUCCUUCUUACCUGCAAUAGAUGUCAUACAAUGCUGUCGCGGAGCACAGCUUUUAGUAAUAAUGACAGUCAAAUAAUUAAUUACUACAGAAAACGAGAGAUCCCUCCCCAAGCACAAUAAGGGUCUACAAGCAGAGGCUUGUUUUAAAGGUUACUUGAAAGGGCUGUACAAUCAACAUGUUCCUAAUGCAUGUUCGUACCUGUUUUUUGUUUGUAUAAUUAUCUGUUGUUAUUCUGUUUCUGCUCAGACCCUUAUUUACCAGGCUUACUCACUCAUGUCUUUUUUCAACCACGUUUUUCAGAGAAGUAACAACCAGGAGUGUGCAUCUACAAUGCCUCCCUGUGCAACUGUGGCAGCUAUGUUAGUUGAUAGGUAAUCAUUGUACAAAAAAGUGGGGACAGAAAUUACAGCUGCACACCCCUAGCUGUCAUUUUUUCAAACCACAUUAUGUCAAAAAAGGUAUUUUCUGGAAUAGUUAGUAAGCCUGUUAAAUAUUGAUCUAAGCAGAAAAAUCAACAGAGAAUGAUAUGAAAUACACAGACUAGGGUAUUAAACAGGUAGGACAUGAAAACAAUAGAGAAUUAUAUGGAAUACACAGGGUAGGGUAUUAAACAGGCAGGAAAUUAAAUCUUUUACAUGUAGACAAAACUUUUAUACCUUUACAGUCUUAGUCUGCAAACUGAAGCUAAUAAUUAUAGCGAUUUUGUACUACUUCAAUAAUAUCACUUCAGGUAUUUACUUGCAGUAGCACAGAGAGCUGCCUAGAUGGCGCACUUGAGCCAGUGCCUGUCAGACACGAUGGCUGCACCUCGUGACAGAAAAUCUCAACCACAAACAACACAUUAAAUUGGACUGAGUGCAGCCCACAUACCCGAUUACAAUCAAGUGCAGGCCAGGUAGAAUUCAUUGUCCAGGGGAGAUUUCUUGUGUAUCUCGCAUGAACAGCCCAGGGAAGAAGGAAUCUCUAAGCACAGCUUUGAUGCAGCAUGUAUACUGUUCUUCAGAUGACCUUUGACUUUAAUUGUAUUUGGAAGUCAGUGUUCUUUUUAUGAGUAAUCUGUUGUAUUAAAAAAAGAACCUGGUUCACCACAAUAAAAGCAUAUCUAUCUAUCUA